UACCAGUCUGUGGUCCAGCCCAGUGGUCUGCAGUCAGCACAGGCUAUCUACCAUUCUGUAACCCAGCAGAGCAUCAAACAACCAGCCCAAGCCAGCUUGCAGUCUGUGUCCCGGCCAAGUGGCCCACAACUAGGACAGGCCCUUUACCAGUCUGUUGUCCAGCCCAGUGGCCUGCAGUCCGCACAAGCCAGUUACCCUUCUGUGGUCCAGCCCAGUGGCCUGCAGUCAGCACAAGCCAGUUACCCUUCUGUGGUCCAGCCCAGUGGCCUGCAGUCAGCACAAGCCAGUUACCCUUCUGUGGUCCAGCCCAGUGGCCUGCAGUCAGCACAAACCAGCUACCCAUCUGUGGUCCAGCCCAGUGGCCUGCAGUCAGCACAAGCCAGCUACCCAUCUGUGGUCCAGCCCAGUGGCCUGCAGUCAGCACAAGCCUCUUACCAGUCUCUGCCCAGGCCCAGCGGCCCACAACCAGGACAGGCCCUCUACCAGUCUGUUGUCCAGCCCAGUGGCCUGCAGUCCGCACAAGCCAGUUACCCUUCUGUGGUCCAGCCCAGUGGCCUGCAGUCAGCACAAGCCAGUUACCCUUCUGUGGUCCAGCCCAGUGGCCUGCAGUCAGCACAAGCCUCUUACCAGUCUAUGUCCAGGCCAAGUGGUCCACAACCAGGUCAGGCCCUUUACCAGUCUGUGGUCCAGCCCAGUGGCCUGCAGUCAGCACAAGCCAGCUACCAGUCUGUGGUCCAGCCCAGUGGCCUGCAGUCAGCACAAGCCAGCUACCAGUCUGUGUCCCGGCCCAGUGGCCCACAACCAGGACAGGCCCUUUACCAGUCUGUGGUCCAGCCCAGUGGCCUGCAGUCAGCACAAGCCAGCUACCCAUCUGUGUCCCAGCCCAGCAGGCUGCAGUCAGCACAAGCCAGCUACCCAUCUGUGUCCCAGCCCAGCAGGCUGCAGUCAGCACAAGCCAGCUACCCAUCUGUGUCCCAGCCCAGCAGGCUGCAGUCAGCAAAAGCCAGCUACAAGCCUGUGUCCUGGCCAAGUGGUCCACAACCAGGACAGGCCCUUUACCAGUCUGUUGUCCAGCCCAGUGGCCUGCAGUCAGUACAAGCCAGCUACCAGUCUGUGUCCCGGCCCAGUGGCCCACAACCAGGACAGGCCCUUUACCAGUCUGUGGUCCAGCCCAGUGGCCUGCAGUCAGCACAAGCCAGCUACCCGUCUGUGGUCCAGCCCAGUGGCCUGCAGUCAGCACAAGCCAGCUACCCAUCUGUGGUCCAGCCCAGUGGCCUGCAGUCAGCACAAGCCAGCUACCAGCCUGUGUCCCGGCCCAGUGGCCCACAACCAGGACAGGCCCUUUACCAGUCUGUUGCCCAGCCCAGCAGGUUGCAGUCAGCACAAGCCAGUUACCCUUCUGUGGUCCAGUCCAGUGGCCUGCAGUCCGCACAAGCCAGCUACCCAUCUGUGGUCCAGCCCAGUGGCCUGCAGUCAGCACAAGCUCGUUACAGGUCUGUUCACCAACAACCAGGACAGGCCAGCUACCAGUCUUUGUCCCAAUCCAGUAGCCAGCAGCCAGCACAAAUCCGCUACCAAUCGGUUUCCCAGCAGCCUGGAUUCCAGGUCUUUUCUGCGCCAGAGCAGUCAAGUUAUGGGUCUCAUUCCAGUCUUGGUUCCCAACCUCUAGAGCAACCCAGUGAUGUACCUCUUUCUUCAAGCUAUGAGUCUGUGAUGCAGUCUUUCAAGCCUGGCUUUCAAGAUCCAGCACCUCCACACUCUCAGACUACUCAAAACAAGCGUUUAUCUCUAGGCAUGUUGAGGUUGUUGCAACAAGUGAAGUCAUAGCUGCAUACUUUGCUGCUUUUUCUUAAUUUGAUGUUUUUGUUUUUGAAAAAUAAAUACAAUUUAUAAAAUA